AUGCAAUUUUCAUCCUCCUAUGUUUUCUUCUUGGCACAAACAAAAUACAGACGACCUUUAAACUUGGAAUAUGUUGGCAUUGAAGGUUUUUUCCAGAAAUUAUAUAUUAUAAUUUGUUUUCUUAAAUUGUUCUCAUUUAAGUUGAGAGUGCUCAAGAGGCUACAGGGUAGUCAAGCGCUUAAAUAAAGAACACGAGCAAAUUCAAACCCUAUGUGCCUUAUUUGAAGUAGAAAAGUACUUGCUAAUUUGAAUUUUAACUAACUCAGAGAGAGGUUUUCUCGGUCACGAUCUUAUACGGAUUUUGGCAUAAAUAUGCCGAGCAGCGAAUUUGAGCGAAAUCUUUUUUCAAAAGAAAGUUGGAGAAGAAGUUGAUUGCUGUGAUAUUGUAAGUUGUAUUAUGUUUGAACACUAGGGAGAACUUUAAACUGUUAUACCUAUGCAAACCUAUUGGUUGAAUAAUUUUUUAGGUGCAGUCAUUGGUGAUAUCAGUUUUGUAUGUUGAAGAUCAGAAAGAUGCAGGACUGCAGAUCACAAGGCCAGCGUCCAGUGAAAUACACUUACAUGCGUCUGUGCUUGCAGUUAGGUGCUCCUGUCAUGAGAACAACAGAAGAUACAUUUAUGCAAGUUCUAGAAGAGGCAUUAACAACACUGUAUGGUUUGAUAGGAGGAGCUUUAUUGAUAGACUUGAUUGAAUUCAAAGCAUUAACUGGUGUGGCAACCUUACGGUGCAGGAAAGGUGAUGUGCAACGCAUCUGGGCUGCAGCAACAUUUGUGACUAAGUUCAACAAUGUUCCAUGUCGACUUAAGGUGCUAGAAGCAUCUCCUUCCCUUGUGCCCGAUACAGAGUUGGAAAAAUAGUCGAGUUCCUGUUUUGUGACAAUUGUUGGGUGGGCAUAAGGUUAAGGAUAUGUGGUUGUAAAAGUAGGAUAGGUUACGAAUUUCUGGCUUCAGUAUGAAGUUGGCAUCAGAGCUAGCAGACAUAGUAAAGGGCUCCCUUUAUUGCUACUUGUUAUUAAGAUGGUUAAGUUGGAGUAUGGCUUCUUCAUAUAGCAGUAUGUUUCCUUUUACAUGUUUUAUUAAUUCAUCAUUGAGGCAAUGCUGUUAUAUUUCAAUUCAUCUUCUUUCCUAUUUCCUUUAUUUGUUCAGAUUACAAAUAAGACACAUUUGUGGGGCUUACUCAAUGAACAUAAAUAAAUCAUAAGAAAUGGUCGAUGGAGUGUUUCUA